CCAGCUCUAACCAUAUCCGGUCCGGUUUUGACGUUCGCGUACGACGAAAAAUCGUCGUCGGCUCGAUUCUGAUCAAAUUUUGUGGAUUUUUCCCGUGAAAAGUUCUACUUUUGUGCAGCAAAUUGCGGAGAUCGUCUGCGUUAGAUCCGGCAGAACCGGAUUAAACUCUGAAAGCACCAGUGCAACGCCCUGCUAGGGAAGGAAAAGUGUUGAAAGAGGCCAAUCGCAGAAGCCCUCAGGAAGAUUACCUUUGAAAUUUGAAGCGAAAAGUUUUGCUUCCUGCUGUAGCUGUGGUAAGAAAGAAGAGUUGGGAAGAAGCGAAAAAAGUGCCAGCUAUUAUUAGUGGUGUUGGGUUGAUAGUCCCCCUAGAGCGAAAGAGAGGGGCAGAGCUAACUGUGCGUGUGUGUGCAUUUUUCUAUUAGGGUAGUGCCGCAGGGGGAGGUUUUCCGGCAAUCGUCAGCAAUAUCGAGAGCCUCUUUUCCUGCCUAUUUCGUCGUCGCAUUUGCCUCGUCCAAGGCCGUGUGUCAGUGGAAAACAAGAAGAAUAACGAAGAUUGUGGAUGGUUUCCCAUCUUUUCCUUUUGACGUGUUCAAAGAAAGUUCUUUUUCCUUCGAUUCAGUGAAGGCUUUGGGGCGGCUCAGCGGCCGAAACGGACGGACGAAGCAGAAGAAGAAGAAAGUUGCCAUAUUUCAGAUGACCAAAUUGGUGAGAUUUUAGACGAGAAAAGGAAUUUGAUUUGCAUCUACCUGGUCGGAUGUGUUGCCGCGACAGUAGGCAUCGGAGUAUGUCGCAGACGGUCUGUUGAAGAGACGGAUUUUUCUUUUUCGUUUAUUUUUUCGUUCCGAUUACGGCAGCCUGUGAAGAGUGUGUCACCCAGUAGAGAUACACACACACAUACGCAUACACACGUAUAUUUUAAGUAAUUUCACUUAAGGGCACUGUGAGAAAGUGGCCUCCGUCGAAACGACUACCGGAACCACAGACGACGGCCAGGACAAUGUUGCCCACCUCGAUUCCAGCGUGUCAUGGAUCAUUCUAAAUCGAAGCCGCAAGAGUGCUACGAAUUUCUCGAUCUUAGUGACGUCGAUGAUUGUGUGAAGAGCGCGCUGGCUUCAACCCUGUACACACCGGCUUCAGCUGGUGCCGGUGUAGCUGGAGGCUACAAGGGCACUGGUGGCCGCAAGCAGCACCGCACCAGACGCAGACAAUCGAACGCAUCCUCCGUGAUGUCGUCCUCCGAUGGUUCCGGCGUGUACGAAUUUGUCCCAUACGAAUCCCGGAAGUAUCCUUCUUCCCAGCAUCAAUAUCAUCAAUCCCAAGCGGUCACCACAUUCCCAAAUCCGGUGGCACCAGAAUACCAUUACCAACCCCGCUAUCACUCCAGCUAUUCCCAACAGUUCCCGUACAGCUCCUCAAACGCCUCUAGCGCCGAUGGUUCCGGAGGUUUCGGUCGUCACCCGAAGCGAACGGGAAGCGUCCGCACUCAAGACCAUCAAGCCAAUCUGGGUAGAAACUCACACCACUACAAUUAUCACCACUAUCAUCAACAACAACAACAGCAUCAGCAGCAACAACAACAACAGCAGCAUUCUUGGUCUCCGGUAGCUGUCGCAGCUAGUACUAUCGCUGCUAGCACUGGUAUUAUUGCCACCACUACCACUACUACUUCCUCCUACACACUGCCAAACAGUUCUGUGAACACAAACCUGGAAGCAACAUACAUCGAGUACGGAGACAGCGAGCAACAGCUAAGUUGCUCGGCUCACAGCAGCAGCACCAACAGUAGCAGUAGCUAUCGUGCUGCCAGCGGGAGAAGUUUUUCAAGUCGAACAGCAGAAAGAGUUGCUGCUCUGACGCCGGACGGCACAACAGCGAUUUCGGCAUCUGCUGCAACGACGACUAUGCCUCCUCACACAAACAAUCCCCACUAUCAGUCGCAACAACAACAGCAGACACAGCAAGGUCAACAAUCUCAAUCACAGCAAGCACAGACAGGGAAUCCACCACCAAAUAACCAUAAUGUAGCGGUGAACGUUAGUCGGGGCUCAGGCGAUCAGCAGAGCGUUGUUGCUUCCGCUCCUCAACACAUGUAUCCGUCGCAGCCGUACAUGGCCGGAGGUCCUCCCGGAAAUGCGAUGUAUCAGAUGCAGGUCAUUCCCCAGCCAUUACCUGGAAACGUUUAUGUUAGCAACCUUACGGCCAAUGUGAAUGUUCAUGGUUUUAUGCCUCACGGCAUGCCGCAAUAUAUGACGGCAGCUGGAACCCCUCCAGCUCCUGCAGGGGCGUACAUUGCUGGUGAAGUUCCUUCAGGACAUGAGAUGCCAAUUAUGACUCCUCGGGGAGAGGCCCGUGGUGGAAUGCGACGCAAUGGAAGAGGUAGAAUUGGACACAACGCUAGACCCCGGGGCGGAUAUGUUCCACAUUACAUCGCACAACAGCAGGCCGUGAUGCAGUCUAACCAACCAGGCGGCAUUCAUCAACAACCGCAACCAGGACAAGUCCAAGGCCAGUUAUCUCAACAAGCAGUGCAGCAACCCCAGCAGCAGCAACAAUCACAGAGCCAAGGUCAAAAUCAAUCCCAAAGUCAACCAUCACAACCACCCCAGCAGCACACACCGGACAUCGUACAACACUCUAUGUCCAUGGAGCACCAACCGAUCAUGAGUCCACAGCAGCCGUACAGCUACGGAGGAUAUUAUGUUUAUCCUCACAUCUACCCAACGAUGCAACAGGGACAUCAUCCUUCAGCGCAGCAUGCAACAGGAGCGCCGAUUUACCAGGUCCCUAUUAAUUGGCCGAUGUAUAGCUAUUCACCGAGUGUUAUGUACCAGCCAAUAUACCCACCCGAAUAUCAUAUAUACGAUGAUAAAGGAGACGAUCAUAACCCACAACAGCCCCCGGAAGACGGUGUUAUGCAUCCGGGUAUGUGGCAACCACCGACUAUGUUGGAAUAUAAUCCAGAGAACGUAGAAUACAUCUCAGCAGAAGAUGAUAUGAACAUGAUACAACAAGGGCCACCUACCAUGCAACCCAUAGCUCAUGUGCUUGACCCAAAUGUUCCUAACUUUACGAUGGGAACUACGACGCCAAUUCAGACGGAAGACUACGGUCAAAUCACUCCAGCGCCUUCGGAUGACUAUAAUGCAAUUAACAAUAAUGCAGUAAUGUCUCCAGCGGCCAAUCUGAUAUCAUCUCCCUCGUCGAAUGCUUCAUCUCAGCAUAACUUGAACCAAAAUGAUAUGUACCUUGUGCCACAACAACAGCCUCAACAAGAACCUCAUCAUCAGCAGCAACAACAGACACAACACCAAUCGCAUUCUUCACUCAUGGAAAUGCAACAAGAGCCGGAAAUUCAACAACACGAUCAUGAACCAACGCAACCGGUAGAUCAAGAAAACAACUACAUCAUUGAGCAAUCACCUCAAUCCCAAUACAAUCAAUCAAUGACUCCGCCGCCACCUCAACAGACCAAUAUUCAUGCUCAAGUUGAAAACUCCUACACUGCGGAAUUCACUCCGGUACAACAAGGACAUAUGCAAGAAACGACACCAGCACCAAUACAAACUACAACUGUUGUGCAAGAAUCAAUUCCACCAGCUAUUCAGCAAACACCACAAACGCCGGUACCUACAGCAGUAGCAACAGUAAUAUCUCCUACACAAAUUCCAGUACCAUUACCGAUUACUAUAACCCAUGUCCCUCCACCCCAGCUCAACGUACCACCUCCACCGAUACCGGCCCAUUUCCUGAAUUUAGACAAACAACACCACCACCACCUCCAACAACUACAAACACAACAUCAUCAGCAACCAAUCACAAACGAUAGCAACAACAAUCCGAAGAAAAAAACCAACGAGGUAGCGUCGGUGGCCACUCCUGCCACCGUUGUCGUUGAUAAGACCAGUGAUAUAUCCACGAGCAACAGCAGUAAACCAGUGCCAAAUCAGCAAUCACAACAACAACACCAUCAUCAGUCCCAAAUUUUUGUGAAUAGCAACAAGAGUCAGAACUCAACUGAAGAAGUAGCGAGACUAACCCGGGCCGUACAAGAAAAGUUUGUUCUCAAGGAUGACAGGCGGAAUGGUCCAUAUCGUGGAUCCGGCACCUGGGCCAAUCCAGGAUCUCAACCACCGGUUACAACAAUCUCGUCGUUUACGUCCUCCACGACCACAAUUGUACAACAUAACAGCAGUAGUCAGCAGAAAAAGACUACAGCGUCGGUAUCCGUGUCGGCCAUUCCCAAUAAGGAGUAUACCACUAGCAGCAGUAGCACUUCAUCGGGUCCAUCCGUUACUAGUUCCACUAAGCCUUAUCAGAAAAAUACCUCGCCUGUUCCGUUUACUACUCUUGGAACCACGUCUGCUCCUCCUUCGAUACAUAAACAACCGUUAGCACCGCAGAAGUCCUUCAGCAGUUCCACCGAUCACCAUCACGCGACAACCUCGGUCAAUCCAGGUCCGAUUAUGGAAUCUAAAAAAGUGGAAGCAAUCCCCCAACGUGACACCCAGAUAAAUACCCCUCUUCCACCGCCAGGUCCUCCGCCAUCUCUUUCGGUGCCACCGCCGCAACCCCCUUACACCCAGGGACCAAUCAUCGUUCCGACGCCAUAUGCGCCACCACCUCCAGCAACGACGGCGGCUGCAGCUCCUAAAGUCCAGUCCUGGGCUAGUUUGUUCAACUCGUCCUCUUCGUCUGCUACGACGUCUUCUAAUUCAACGGCGGCCGCAAGUAGCAUCGUUCAUCCGAUUGCGGCAACUCCAGCACCUGCUGCAGCACCACCUUUGUUGGCUGCUGGCCCUGCCCUCCCAACGCCAUCUCCCUUCGCGCCAAGUUUCACCCCUAGUCUGCAUCGUAGUACCCAGCAGUCGUCUUCUUCGACGUCGAAUCAAUCAACGGACAAACCUUCCGGAAGUUCAUCAUCCGCAGCGACCAAACCGAUCGCCAAGGUGUUGCCUUUCGACAAGUCCAACAAUAACACCACCAGCAACAGUAGCGGUACUUCGGCCAUGUCCUACUCGGCUGCCUCGGCCCAAGGUCUUCCAUCUGCUAUGAGCUCCGCAAGUGCCUCGGCAGCCAGUGCCAGUGCUGGCUCCAAAAACAAAAACAACGCUGCCGCCCAGGCGCAAGCCGCCGCCGCCGCUGCCAAACCGGAACAGCUGGAUGAGAACACUCUCAAAUUGGGAGAAUUCCUAAGUGCGUACCAAAUCGAAAACAACAGCAUUAGCAUCCUUCCCAGAGGGCUGAUCAACCGUUCCAACUACUGCUACAUCAAUGCCAUCCUGCAGGCUCUGGUGGCCUGUCCACCAUUUUAUCAUCUAAUGCGGGCAAUUCGUUCACUUCCGGCGGCCAGAAACAGCAAGCACCAGAAACCAUUCAUUGACGCCAUGUCUGCUCUUGUGGCCGAGUUCUCAACUCUGCAGCUGCGUUCCAAGGUGCAGAGGGACAAGACCAAGAAAGACGAAACUCCGGAAAUUCAGUGCGAUUCUCCGCUGGAACCACUAAUGAUCCACAGGAUGCUGAAUUUGCUACGGUCGGACAUUUUCCAAGUCGAAGGCCGCCAGGAGGAUGCCGAAGAGUUCCUUGGAUGUGUUCUGAACCGUCUGAACGAUGAGAUGAUAGAGUUGAUGAAACUGAGUAAAAACGAAUCCGAUGUUAAUGGAGACGACGCUGCCAACGGUGAGGUCCACCACGACGACCAAGAUGAUUGGAAGGUCAUCUGCGGUAACCGCAACAAGGGAACCGUCACACGGACUACUGACUUUGGCCGAUCACCGAUGAGUGACAUUUUUGGCGGUAAGCUGCGGUCCCGAGUGCAUCGCGAGGGCGACCACGCCACCGACAACAUUCAACCGUUCUUCACGUUGCAGCUCGAUAUCGAGAAAGCCGCCUCAGUGAAGGACGCCCUGGACCUACUAGUGGGCAAGGACCAACUGGAAGGUGUAACUUGCUCGAAGACCAAGCAGGAGAUUGCCGCAUGGCAACAGGUUACUCUGGAGGAGCUACCCAUAGUGAUGAUUCUGCACCUGAAGUGUUUCGACUACAAAAUGGAUGGAUGCACCAAAAUCUUAAAGGCGCUGGAAUUCCCGAUCGAAUUGAAAAUCGAUUCAAAACUGAUGUCCUCGAAGGGCAAAUCGUACACUGCCAAGCAGAAGCAGUAUAAGCUGUUUGCCGUGGUGUACCACGACGGAAAGGAAGCAUCCAAGGGUCAUUAUAUUACUGACGUUUUCCAUGCUGGUUAUGGUAGCUGGAUCCGGUACGAUGACAGCACGGUUAAGCCCGUAUCCGAGAACAACGUGUUGCACCCGAAAUCGCCGAGGGUGCCCUAUUUGUUGUAUUAUAGACGACUUGAUACACACCUCCAUGGCACCGGUAGUACCGGAGGUGGUGCCAGUUCCGGAACUGGAGGAUCUGGUUAUGGCAGCGGAAGUAGUAGCAGCAACACAAACAUUAGUAGUAAUACCAGCAGUAGCACCGGUGGCAAUAGUAAUUAUAGUUCUAGUGGAAAUAGCUAUAGUGUAAAUACUGGCGGACACUAUGGUGGCUCCAAAUAGAGGAAACCGCCCAAAAGUCGAUUGAAAACGGACAACUGAAGUGUGUGAGCGUGAACGAUAAACAUUAGAACAGGAAGAGCGCAACGAAAAGGGACGUUUUUAUCUAGUUUAUAGUGUUAGUGUUAAGUAAUAAGUGCGCGAGUGAUAACGAUUGUGGCGAUUUCGUGUUUGAAUCGUUCGUGUUUUUUUUUUUGAUCUUCGUGUGUGUGCGACACAAGCGGACGUUGACAGCAGCAGUGCGAUAAAAUCGUAGGCGAUCAACGAAAAAAAAGUAAAAAAUACAUCAAACCUAAGGGAUUAACCACUACUACUGUACGGGAGAACGGUUUUGUCUAUAACUCUUAAUCAAUUUACGAAAAACUGUUUUAGUUUGUUAAUCGAUUAUUAUUAUCUUUAUUAUAGUGGUAUCCUAUUGUUUGCUUUUUAAGGGAUUGAGCGAUACUCUCAUUUAUGUUCCUCCUGGUAAAUUACCCUCUAGAGUAUAACAAUAACGAAGGACGUUUUACAGUGACCCGUGCGAAAAUAGUCGAGCAUAUUGACACGAAAGGGAUAGACAACUCGAAUGUUCGUUUGACUAAAGGAAAACUUUGUACACGGUCUUCAAAAAUUGCUCUGAAACGAUUUUGAUCAGUCCUAGACUAGUGGUUGGUUGCACCUCUAAGGACGUUAUGGUAGGUUUUCCUGCAAUGAUUACUAGAUGUCAUUGAACGCCAUAAGCGGGUUGAUCACAGCAAUCCGGUGAACGAUUAAAUCGCUUAUGGCGUUGGAAAACAAGUUGAAUUAAUUAAAGUGUUUGUUUUUUCGUUGUUAGGCUUUUUAAGCACUAAUUUGUAUUAAAAUAUUAGAUUUGUAUACUUAACAAGAACCAAUUUAUACAUGAUAAAGGAAAAAAAGCAUAAAACACAUGAAACCAGAAAAUAUACCCUUACUGUGUUUAGGUAGAUAGAUAACAAAUAGAAUGAAAUCCCAGUUGAAUGCGGGUCAAAUCGCCCCUGCGUUUACACUUUGGAUAGUGAUUGGUGACUCCCGGGUGGAUUGUAAAGGUGCAAGACUGAAGUUUUGCAAUAACCAAGUCAGUGCUACAAUACUACAAUUUUGUAGUUCUGGUUGUAGGUAGUUUGCUGUACAACAUUAACAUUAGGGUUUUGUCCUUCGAAUGAGUGAAUGAGUUAUUCUGACACUGAGGAAGACUACAUGUGUCGAAAUACGCGUAUCUGUCAAAUGAUAAGCAAAAGAGGGUGGAAUUAAACGGUACAAUAACUGAUUGCACUCAUUCGAAGAGGGUAUUCUGCUUAGAGGGUUCGAAAAGUCGGUACAAGAUUUGGUUUUUGCCUUUUCAGCUUAAAGGAGGUAUGAGUACCUAGGUAUCGUACAUUUUAGUGGAAAGGAAACAUUUCUCAGCAAGUAUUGUCCGUUUGCAGACACGAAUAACAAAAUGAAUGUCGAUUAUCUAAAUUUUGUUAAAACUUAAAACGAUGCAUUGCUGUUUUGCAUUUGAGCAUGCAUCCUAGUCCCGUCUACAGAUAUGUGAUCAUAUUUCUGGUAUAGUAGCUUUUGCCAAUGAAGCGAUGUGGAUUACUGCUAUUAAAUUAUGGGUGUGUCCCUUUCAAAUUUUUGGGUGAAUUCAUUCUGAGAUGCUUUAUCGUUUUCUGACUUGACCUCUUCUGAGUUUCUAGGUAAAUCAGUGGCAUAUUUCUCGUUCGGAGAUUUUCAGUAAUUGACAUAUUAGUGGCGAUAUUCCUAGGAUUCCAAAAAAGGUUCACGGUAAACUCUUUUCGAGAUCCUUAGCUGAUAGCUACUAACAUUUUCUGUACAUUUGUAGAAAAAUAAUAAGAUUCCCUAUGGGAUUUUAGCCAAAUUUCUGAUUAGAUCUUUGAUAACUCCCGAGUUCUUUGGCAUAUUCAUUUCCAUUAAGAAUAAAUUUAAAUUUAGUACCCAAAAAAGUAACACAAUCCGACAAAUCUCGUUGGAAUUAAGCCAUCUUUACAACGGUUACGGAUAUGUCAUCUUUUUUGCGAAAUAUGGCGUAAUCUUUGAAUAUUUUGAAAUUAAUUUUAGUCAAAUGGACAGGGAAUUUAUUUUCAAAAUUGAGUGGACGGCCUGUAGUAGAUGCAUUGUAAGGCAGUGGUUAGCUAGCGUAUGCUGAGAAAAUAUUGUUCGAUUUUUAGACAUUCAAAAUUAGAAAAAAAAAAAAUGGGAACCGUGCUGGAACAGGAAAUGUUUCACAAAAUAACAGCAAAAGUAACUGCAAGCGUGCGUGUAGUAAUAAAUCGCGUGUGUUAAUGUUGUAGCAUCCAUCCCUGCUAGGUUUAUUUUACGGAAGAGAUUCUGUAGAGACUGUCAGCAGAAUCUUAAACACUGUGUAAAUAGGUGAUUCAGUAACUAACAAAGUAAUGCAACAAAAAGUCUGUACAUAGAAGGUAGUAAUAGAGCCUGUGGUAGAACAGUGAAUGUAGCUUAACCCUGAUAGUGCUUAGGAACGGUGUUAAAAUGCAAAGGCCAGAUGUUUCGUAUUUAGGUAUGUAUUCAUGUGUGGCGCAUGAUAGAAGAAAAUUUGAUUUAGAUUACUGAACCUGAACAUUUGUAAGGGGUGAUUCAGUCGUACUGAUGAGAAGAGAAGACAUCGUUAGAUAGUAUUUGUCUAGUUUUUUUUUGUUUGGGUAGCAAUUUAAACUUUGCACUAAGUCGCACUGCUAAUAUGUAACCACUUAAACAUUCGGGCUGGGAAGUGAAAGUCUGGAUUUUUUCGAAUACAUUUUGAAAGAAGCAUCCUAAAUGUGGCAAAAAGAGAAACCCAAUCUGUGUGGUUUACCUGGUAAAGUAAGUCAAGAAAUUUCGUGUUUUGUAAAGUCAUUUUAGAUUCGUACAGGACGUAAUCUUCAUUUGAAUGUGGGAAUGAGAAGUAAUAAAUGCAACACAGAAUAUAUCUUUAUACUUACCCCGUUACGGUACGAUACAGUGGAUCAAUGAAUUGUUUCGUUUUCAGUUUCGAUUAGGUCUGGGUGGCAUAGGAAAAAAUGUUGACUAAAUUUGGGAUUUAAGAAAUUCAGUAAUAGCUGUAUGUCGCCAUGGUAGCUUAAAUGUACGAAAUGUAUCGCGGGACAAAUUUAUAUAAGCGAAAUGAUGGAUCCGGUAGCGUUUCUUCUCCUGGAAAUGGCGAGCUUAGUUAGGUACUUCAGUCGGUCAUUGUAGAUCAUACCGUGGCGGCCUAACGAUAAACGAGGCUAUGCUGGAAGAAGGUGCUACGAAUGGUCAAUAUCGUUGAGCCGACAAAUCCGAUGAUUCGCGUUUAUGUUAGUUUUGUUUUUCAGCUGGUGGGCACUUAAUUUUCGUAUCUUUCGUUAUCUGAAUACAUACUCCUGGCGUGCCUGAGCGUUUAGGUCUCCUAUGAUGAUCUUGACGUUGUGGCUCGGGCAGCGGUUGUACUCGUGUUGGAGCUGAGCGUAUUAUCCUCAUUUGUGGUACUGACCGCACUUGGUAUGAUUUUUCUGUAUAGCUUCAGAUUACGAAAUAAUUGAAGAAGGUUCCAAAGAUUUGAAAUUUAAUUGAAACAGUAGGUUGAUUAUAUAAAAUAAUACAGCAGUUUAUACUUUUUCUAAAAAACUGAUAGGCGAACGGUUCCAUAUUAUUGAAAAUAUGCAUCCCAGUGUAAAUGUAAAUGCUUAGCAUCAAAUUUAUCAAUACCUUUUAUUGAUUGAUAAUUUUGAAAAAAAAUGAGCAAGCCCGGACCUGCACAAAACACAAAUCGUUGAUCCUUUGCAUCGAUAAUGUUUCUGUUUGUUUUGAAUUGUUAGGGCUGUGUAUAAUAUUAGUAAUCUAUAGGUUAGGAGAAGGGAAAAGCAAACCUCUAAUUUUAAAUGUGUAAUCAUUCUAGCGCUAGAAUCUUAAGGAACAAACUAUAAACAAAAUAGAAGAUUAUAAAUAUUAAUGAAAAAAGAACAAACAAAACAUCAAGCAACACAUCUACUAAGAACCGAAUCGGCAGGAAACAAAUCGUUGACAUCCACAAAAUACACAAACACACACGGUAUAGAACCGUGUCAACCCUGUCAUGUGUGCAGUAUACUAGCCAAAUCAUGUUUAAUUGUUUAGAAAGAAACGCGGAAACGUUGAUCAAAACUACAAAACAGAAACACACUGCGAAAACAGUAAACGAACAUUCGCCGAUAAGUGGUUUUAGCACGAAACCAGCAAGAUAAAACCACAUAAGCAACACUUUCUGUUAAGUAUCAUAGGAGACUUUUUUCUACUUAGAAAAUAAAUGAAGUUGCUGGGAGACAAAUAUUACAAGGGAAGCGCGGGAACAGUGGAACGAAAACUAGGGAAGCGAAUUGGUAUGUUCUUUAGAUAAGUGCACUUAUUAAUGAUAAUUGAAAGUGGUUAAAAAUCAAGCAGUGGUAAGCGCAGAAACAAAUCAAAGCAAAAAAAGUCUCAGAAAUCACAAGUUAAUAGUGACCUAGGGACACAAAUACACAAAAAGGCUUAGAAGACCUAACUGUUUAAUUUGCCCUUCAUUUUGUCGUUGUUUCGUUCUAUUUUUCUCAUUGUACAUUGGUUACUUAUUUCAUAAAUUACCCGCAUAGAACUGAGCUGAACUUACAAAGUGGAAGCACCCUGAAGUCAUUGUUUUUUUUUCGCAUUAACAUUAUUCAUAGCAUGUACCAGUACUAACAAACGAAUCUUUAUCAGAACAACUGAACUUUUUUGGUGAACUAACUCUUACUUUUUUGGUUUGUUGAUCAUUCAUUUGAGAAUGGAAGGACAAAAAAAACUUUAGAAUUAGUCAAACCUGCAUAAGAAAGCGAUCCGAGUCAUCCAGAAACAAAAAACCCUUCAAAAAGGCGAUAUUUAAAAUUAACAAAACCUACACACCAGCAAAAAAUGUUAAAGUCAUGUGCAGCGAAAACAGAACAUGCAGUAGCAGGAAAGCGAGAAAUAAAAAUUAGAAUAUUUAAUACAAA